AAAACCUCAGACUAUUUUGUUCUCUUCCAAGCUCAGAUCGUUUCCGAGUGCUGAGGUGUUCAAGCUUUUUGUAAACCUGCUCGAUACUGGCUGCUUUUUUAACAACCCGCAAUGGCUCAAAACUGAGCAUGCGAUUCGUGAAAAGCAGAGACCUGUUCGAACAGAUACAGUUUUUCUUUCUUUGAAAUCUUCUUUCUCCCCGAUUUCCCAAAGGCAGAGGAAUUGGUGAAUGGUUACUUUUCGGAAACAACUUGAUACGCUUCUCUGGGCUUAACCGAAAUCAGAAAGAAGCACUUUGCACGGAUUGAAGUAAAACACUGCAGUUCUGUGAACUUGAAGGUUUUGUAUUAUGGGGACUCGGUGGAUUCUACAGUACUUUAUAGGAUCUGUAGCGUUAUCAGCUCUCUCAGUGCUGACAGUAACAGGACAAAUUCCCGCAAACCAUGAAAAAGACCAAUUCAAGGCAGAUGAGGAGAAAAUCUCAGCAUUGAGCAGAGUGAGAAGGAGAGGACAACAAGACUUUCUUAGAGGGCCAAAUGUGUGCGGGUCUCGAUUCCAUUCCUAUUGCUGUCCUGGCUGGAAAACAUUACCUGGAGGAAACCAGUGCAUUGUCCCCAUUUGUCGUAACAGCUGUGGUGAUGGAUUUUGCUCACGUCCAAACAUGUGCACUUGCUCCAGUGGACAGAUAGCUCCAACGUGUGGGUCUAAAUCUAUUCAACAAUGUAACACUAGGUGUAUGAAUGGAGGGUCUUGUGCUGAGGAUCGUUGUCACUGUCAAAAGGGAUACACAGGCACUUACUGUGGACAGCCUGUCUGUGAAGAUGGGUGCCAGAAUGGAGGGCGCUGUAUUGGACCCAACCGUUGUGCUUGUGUGUACGGUUUUACAGGCCCACAGUGUGAAAGAGACUACAGGACUGGACCUUGCUUUAUGCAGGUGAGCAACCAGAUGUGCCAAGGUCAGGUCAGUGGCAUCGUGUGCACUAAGACGCUGUGCUGUGCCACCAUUGGCCGGGCCUGGGGCCACCCCUGUGAAACGUGCCCAGCUCAGCCUGAGCCCUGCCGUCGGGGAUUCAUCCCUAAUAUUCGAACUGGCGCCUGCCAAGAUGUUGAUGAAUGCCAGGCCAUCCCAGGCCUUUGUCAAGGUGGAAACUGCAUCAAUACAGUAGGUUCCUAUGAGUGCAAGUGCCCAAAAGGCCACAAGCAAAAUGAGAGGACACAGAAAUGUGAAGAUAUUGAUGAGUGUAGUACACUUCAGGGUGUGUGUGAUGGAGGUCAGUGCAUCAACACAGUCGGAGGUUAUUCCUGCAUUUGCCCACCUGGCUAUAUGCAAUCUGCUGAUGGCACUCGAUGCUUUGACAGAAGAGGAGGGACCUGCUUCUCCAGCCUGGUGAAUGGGCGCUGUGCUCAGGAGCUGACUGGACUCCUCAGUAAGAUGCGGUGCUGCUGUGAGUUGGGACGCUGCUGGGCCCUGGGCUCUGUGCCAGAAAUGUGCCCCGUUAGGGGUUCAGAUGAGUAUCGGAGGCUGUGCAUUCAAGGCAUACCUUUAGGAGGCUUCCCAGAAGUGGAUCCUGGAAUUACAGGUGGAAGAAUAAAUCAUUUUGUGCCCAGUGAGCUUGAUCCCACAAUCACUGGAGAACGAGUCCAAACCGGCCAACUUCACAGGCCACUCCCAGAUUUUGAAACUCUAAACCAAACAGUUGACAUCUGCCAGAGAUUCACCAACCUGUGCCUCAAUGGGCGCUGUAUUCCUGUCCCUUCCAGCUAUCGCUGUGAAUGCAACAUGGGAUUCAGACAAGAUGUGCGGGGGGAAUGUACUGAUAUUGAUGAGUGUUCAUCUAACCCCUGUACCAACGGGGACUGUGUGAAUACUCCUGGUUCUUACUACUGCAAAUGCCAUUCAGGCUUCCAGAGAACACCCACCAAACAGGCCUGCAUUGACAUCGAUGAAUGUCUGCAGAAUGGAGUCCUGUGUAAAAACGGGAGAUGUGUGAACACUGAUGGCAGUUUUCAAUGUAUCUGCAAUGCUGGCUUUGAGCUGACUCCUGAUGGAAAAAACUGUGUUGACCAUGAUGAGUGUGCUACCACCAACAUGUGCUUAAAUGGAAUGUGCAUCAAUGAGGAUGGGAGCUUCAAGUGCAUCUGCAAGCCUGGUUUUACCCUGGCAGCUAGUGGUCGUUACUGCAUUGAUGUAGAUGAAUGUCAGACCCCGGGGAUGUGCAUGAAUGGGCGCUGCAUAAACACUGAGGGCUCUUUCAGGUGUGAGUGCCUGGCAGGCCUGGCGGUUGGAGUUGAUGGCAGAUUCUGUGUGGACACUCACAUGCGCAGCACUUGCUAUGGAGCCAUCAAGAAAGGCGUCUGUGUGCGUCCAUUCCCGGGAGCUGUCACCAAGUCGGAAUGCUGCUGCGCCAAUUCAGAUCACAGCUUCGGGGAGCCAUGCCAGCCCUGUCCAGCUAGGAACUCAGCUGAAUUUCAAGCUCUCUGUGGUAGUGGAAUUGGAUUUUCAGUGGAAGGAAGAGAUAUUAAUGAGUGUGCGCUGAACCCUGACAUUUGCCCCAAUGGAGUCUGUGAAAACCUUCGAGGCAGCUACCGGUGUAUCUGUAACUCUGGCUAUGAAUCAGACGAAACAGGAAAGAACUGUGUCGAUAUUGAUGAGUGUUCAGUCAACAGGCUACUCUGUGAUAAUGGACUCUGCCGAAACAUGCCAGGCAGUUACAGCUGUACCUGCCCCAAGGGUUAUGUUUUUAAACCAGACUCGGAGACGUGUGAAGAUAUCAAUGAAUGUGAAAGCAGCCCCUGCGCUAAUGGAAUCUGCAGAAACAAUGCAGGGUCUUUUGUUUGUGAAUGUUCUGCUGGCAGCAAACUGGAUUCCACAAGACUGAUCUGCGUGGACAGCUUAAAAGGAACGUGCUGGCUCAAUAUCCAGGACGGACGUUGUGAGGUGAACAUCAACGGAGCAACACUGAAAUCUGAGUGCUGUGCUACUCUGGGAGCAGCGUGGGGCAGCCCCUGUGAACGAUGUGAGAUAGAUACGGCAUGCUCACGAGGGUUUGCGAGAUCAAAGGGUAUCGUCUGUGAAGAUGUGAACGAGUGUGAAGUUUUUCCAGGAGUUUGCCCCAAUGGACGCUGUAUAAACACUAAAGGCUCCUUCAAGUGUGAGUGCCCUGAAGGGCUCACAUUAGACGGAACAGGUCGUUUGUGUGUUGAUGUGCGGCUGGAGCACUGCUACCUGACAUGGGAUGAGGAUGAAUGCACUCUGCCCAUUCCGAGGAAGUUCCGCAUGGAUGUGUGCUGUUGCUCCAUUGGCGCAGCCUGGGGCUCAGAGUGUGAAGCUUGUCCCCAGCCAGGGAGCAGAGAGUAUGAGGCUCUGUGUCCCAGAGGCCCAGGCUUCGCCAACAGAGGGGACAUUCUCACUGGGAGGCCCUUCUACAAAGAUAUCAUUGAAUGCAAAGUGUUUCCCAACAUCUGCACCAAUGGCAAAUGUCAAAACACUAUUGGCAGCUUCAGGUGUCGGUGUGACAGUGGAUUUGCAUUGGAUACAGAGGGAAGAAAUUGCACGGACAUUGAUGAAUGCCGUAUCUCCCCUGACCUGUGUGGAAGUGGUACGUGUGUCAACACUCCAGGCAGUUUUGAGUGCGAGUGCUUUGAAGGAUAUGAAAGUGGUUUCAUGAUGAUGAAGAACUGUAUGGAUAUUGAUGAAUGUGAGCGGAACCCGAUGCUGUGUAGAGGAGGUUCCUGUGAAAACACUGAAGGCAGCUACAGGUGCAUCUGCCCUCCUGGCCAUCAGCUGUCUCCCGGUGGAGAUGCAUGUAUUGAUAUCAACGAAUGUGACCUCAGUGACAGCCUCUGCAGGAAUGGGAAGUGUGUGAACGUGAUCGGUACAUACCAGUGCUCCUGCAACUCUGGGUACCAGGCUACUCCUGACAGGCAGGGUUGUGUUGAUAUUGACGAGUGUACAAUUGAAAAUGGAGGAUGUGACACCCACUGCACCAAUUCAGAGGGCAGCUAUGAGUGUGCUUGCAGUGAUGGCUAUUCCUUGAUGCCUGACCAUAGGAGCUGCACAGAUGUCGACGAAUGUGAAGAUAACCCUGACAUAUGUGAUGGAGGACAGUGCACCAACAUUCCUGGAGAGUACCGCUGCCUUUGUUAUGAUGGAUUUAUGACGUCUAUGGAUAUGAAGAUCUGUGUUGACGUAAAUGAAUGUGAUCUGAAUCCAAACAUUUGCAUGUUUGGGGACUGUGAAAACACCAAAGGAUCCUUUAUCUGCCACUGUCAGAUGGGUUACUCAGUAAAGAAAGGAACUACAGGCUGCACAGAUGUGGACGAGUGUGAGAUUGGGGCUCACAACUGUGACUUGCAUGCUUCCUGUGUCAAUGUGCCAGGGAGUUUUCACUGCGCCUGUCAAGAGGGAUGGGUAGGGAAUGGCAUAAAAUGUGUGGAUCUUGAUGAAUGUGCUAAUGGGACACAUCAGUGCAGCCCCAGUGCCAAGUGUCUAAACAUACCUGGAUCAUAUCGCUGUGCUUGUGCAGAGGGGUUCUCAGGAGAUGGCUAUACAUGUUCAGAUGUGGAUGAGUGUGCAGAGAAUGUGAAUCUCUGUGAGAACGGACAGUGUCUGAACACCCCGGGAACGUACCGGUGUGAAUGUGAAAUGGGCUUCACGCCAGCCCCAGACAGCAAGUCCUGCCAAGAUAUUGAUGAAUGUACCUUCCAGAAUAUAUGCGUAUUUGGCACCUGCAAGAAUUUGCCAGGAAUGUUCAGAUGUAUUUGUGAUGAUGGGUAUGAAUUGGACAGAUCUGGUGGAAACUGCACAGAUAUUGAUGAGUGCUUGAAUCCCAUUAGCUGUGUAAAUGGCUUGUGUAAGAACACUGCUGGAUCUUAUGAGUGUAACUGCCCACCUGACUUUGAGCUGAAUCCAACUGGGGUCGGUUGUGUUGACACCCGUGUUGGUAACUGCUAUUUGGAGGUUGGUUUCCGGGGUGAUAAUGGGCUUUCCUGUAGCGUGGAGAUCGGCGUUUUGGUUAGUCGCUCUUCCUGCUGCUGCUCCCUGGGAAGAGCCUGGGGAAACCCCUGUGAGCACUGCCCAGCUGUCAACACAACUGAGUAUAACACGCUCUGCCCAGGAGGAGAAGGGUUUAGAACCAACCCCAUUACAAUAUUAUUGGAAGAUAUUGAUGAGUGUCAGGAGUUGCCAGGUCUGUGCCAGGGAGGAAACUGUAUCAAUACCUUUGGCAGUUUCCAGUGUGAAUGCCCAUCUGGCUACUACCUCAAUGACGAGAGUCGGAUCUGUGAAGAUAUUGAUGAGUGUAUCACCCAUCCUGGAAUCUGUGGUCCUGGCACAUGUUACAAUACUCUGGGUAACUACACAUGUGUGUGCCCUCAGGAGUACAUGCAGGUCAAUGGUGGAAACAAUUGUAUGGAUAUGAGGAAGAGUUUGUGUUACAGAAACUACAAUGGAACUGCCUGUGAGAAUGAAUUGGCUUUUAACAUCACAAAGAGGCUCUGCUGUUGUGCCUACAAUGUUGGGAAGGCCUGGAACAAACCCUGUGAAACUUGCCCAACUCCUGGAACGUCUGAUUAUCGCACACUGUGUGGGAAUGGAUUUCCUGGAUUCUACUUUGACAUUGAAACUGGAAAAGCUGUGGAUAUUGAUGAGUGCCGAGAGAUUCCUGGGAUAUGUGCCAACGGUGUUUGCAUUAACCAGAUAGGAAGCUUCCGUUGCGAGUGUCCAACUGGUUUCAGCUACAAUGACCUGCUCUUAAUCUGUGAAGAUAUUGAUGAGUGCAGCAAUGGAGAUAAUCUCUGUCAGCGCCACGCAGACUGUAUCAACAGCCCAGGCAGCUAUCGUUGUGAAUGCUCUGAUGGAUUCAGACUCUCUCCCAAUGGCGCAUGCAUUGAUCGUAAUGAGUGUCUGGAAAUUCCCAAUGUCUGCAGCCACGGGGAAUGUAGAGACUUGCUGGGAGGAUACCAGUGUGUCUGUCACAAUGGCUUUAAGGCAACCCCAGACAGGAAGAUGUGUAUGGAUGUUGAUGAAUGUGAACGGCAGCCUUGUGGUAACGGAACUUGCAAAAAUACAGUGGGCUCAUACAACUGCCUGUGUUAUCCAGGAUUUGAGCUUACACAUAACAACGACUGCAUAGAUAUUGAUGAGUGUAGGUCUUCCUAUGGACAACUAUGUAGAAAUGGCCAGUGCAUCAACAGUAUUGGAUCCUUCCAGUGCCUGUGUGAGGAGGGCUAUGAACUUACACCUGAUGGAAAGAACUGCAUUGACAUUAAUGAGUGUUUGACAUUACCCGGAACAUGCUCGCCAGGAACGUGUCAGAACCUUGAUGGAACAUUCCGUUGUCUUUGUCCUCCUGGAUACAUUGUGCAUAAUGACAAUUGUAUUGAUAUCAAUGAGUGUGAUGAGGACCCCAAUAUCUGCUUAUUUGGUUCCUGCUUCAACAAUCUGGGAAGCUUUGAAUGUGUCUGCCGGCCAGGAUUCGUCCUAUCAGAAAGUGGACGCAGGUGUUAUGACACUCGCGAGAGCUUCUGCUUCACCAAGUUUGAAAAUUCAAUGUGUUCAGCGCCUCAGCCCUUUAACACAACCAAGGCUAAGUGCUGCUGCAGCAAGAUGCCCAAAGAAGGAUGGGGGGAUCCCUGUGAGCUCUGCCCCAAAGAACACGAAGUUGCAUUCCAGGAGCUUUGCCCUUUUGGCUAUGGUACUAUUCCAGGAAAAGAAGAUACUCGUGAAGAUGUCAAUGAGUGUGCAGAGAAUCCUGGUAUCUGUUACAAUGGACACUGCAUCAACACAGAUGGAUCGUUCCGAUGUGAGUGUCCUAUGGGAUACACUCUGAAUUACACUGGAGUGCACUGUGUAGACAUUGAUGAGUGUUCAGUAGGUAAUCCCUGUGGCAACGGAACAUGCACCAAUGUGAUUGGGGGCUUUGAGUGCAGCUGUGAAGAAGGAUUUGAACCUGGGCCCAUGAUGACCUGUGAGGAUAUAAAUGAAUGUGGCCAAAACCCUCUUUUGUGUGCUUUCCGAUGUAUCAACACAUAUGGAAGCUAUGAGUGCACCUGCCCAGCUGGCUAUGUUCUGAGGGAUGACAGGAGGAUGUGUAAAGACCUUGAUGAAUGCUCAGAAGGGUUCCAUGACUGUGAGUCCAGGGGCAUGGCUUGUAAGAACUUGAUUGGCACCUUCAUGUGUAUCUGUCCAGUGGGAAUGGUACGCCAGCCAGAUGGAGAAGGGUGCCAAGAUGAAAACGAGUGUCGCACCAAACCUGGGAUAUGUGAAAAUGGACGCUGCGUUAACACCUUGGGCAGCUACAUAUGUGAUUGCAAUGAUGGUUUCCAGUCGAGUGCAACACGGACACAGUGCAUCGAUUAUCGAGAAGGUUUCUGCUUUACUGAAGUGCUUCAGACUAUGUGCCAAAUGUCCUCAAGCAGCCGUAACCCCACAACCAGGUCAGAGUGCUGCUGUGACGGGGGCCGAGGCUGGGGUAACCAAUGUGACCUCUGCCCCCUGCCAGGAACUGGGCCAUAUAAGAAGCUCUGUCCCCAUGGCCCUGGCUACACAACAAAUGGCACAGAUAUAGAUGAAUGCAGAGUCAUGCCCAACUUGUGCAAGAAUGGACAAUGCAUCAACACCAUGGGAUCCUUCAGGUGUCACUGCAAACAAGGUUUUACCUCAGAUAUCAGUGGAACAUCAUGUGUGGAUAUGGAUGAAUGUGUCCAGUCUCCCAAGCCUUGUAACUUCAUUUGUAAAAACACCGAAGGCAGCUACUUGUGCUCUUGUCCCCGUGGUUACAUCCUCCACGAAGAUGGAAGGACCUGCAAAGAUCUUGACGAAUGUCAGACAAAGCAACACAACUGCCAGUUCUUGUGCGUCAAUACCAUUGGGGGGUUCACAUGCAAGUGUCCCCCGGGAUUCACACAGCAUCACACUGCUUGUAUUGAUAACAAUGAGUGUGCCUCCCAGCCUUCUCUUUGUGGUGCAAGAGGAAUCUGUCAGAACUCUCCUGGGAGCUUCAGUUGUGAAUGUCAGAGGGGGUUCAGUCUGGACUCCACUGGACUCAGCUGUGAUGAUGUAGACGAGUGUGUGAGCAACCACAGAUGUCAGCAUGGCUGCCAAAACAUGCUUGGCAGUUACAGGUGCAGCUGCCCUCAAGGUUACAUCCAACACUACCAGUGGAACCAGUGUGUCGAUGAGAAUGAAUGUUCCAACCCGAAUACCUGUGGUGCUGCAUCUUGCUACAAUACUCUGGGGAGCUUCAAGUGUGCCUGUCCAUCCGGGUAUUCCUUUGAUCAGUUUACUACCAGUUGUGAGGACGUGAAUGAAUGCUCUUACUUUAAGAACCCCUGCAGUUAUGGCUGCUCCAACACAGAGGGGGGCUAUUUGUGUGGUUGCCCUACUGGAUAUUACAGAGUGGGACAAGGUCAUUGUGUGUCUGGCAUGGGAUUUGGAAAAGGCCAGUAUCUGCCUCUUGAUGGAGAGGGAGAUGAGGAGAAUGCACUCUCCCCAGAAGCCUGCUAUGAGUGCAAGAUAAAUGGCUUCGGCAAGAAGACUGGCAGGAAGAGGAGGAGCAGCAAUCAGACUGCACUUGCUGAGGACCAACCCAUAAGCUUGGCAAGCUUGGAUAUUGAAAGCCCAUUGAACUUGAAUCUGAAGAUCUCGGAGCUGAAUCCCAAGGAGCACAUCCUGGAAGUCAUCCCAGCCAUCAAGCCUCUCACCAACCAUGUGCGCUAUGUCAUCUCUUCUGGCAAUGAGGAUGGGUUCUUCCACAUCCAGCAGAGAGGGGGACUGAGCUACCUACACACCACCAAGAAGAAAACCUGGCCGGGGACUUACACACUGGAGAUCACCAGCAUCCCUCUGUACAAACAGAAAGAUCUGAAUAAACUAGAAGACUCUAAAGACAGAGACUAUAUGACAGGAGAGCUGGGUGAAAACCUUAGAAUGAGGCUGCAGAUUGAGCUGCAGUAGUAACUUUUCAGCUGUUCCAUUCAGAGAUGAGUUGUUUUUGCUACUCUUCCGGAAUCCUGUUUGUCAUCAUGAACACACUGCAUCAGGAAAAGAAAAAAGAAACUUUGUGUCAGACUUAAAAAAAAAAAACAGAGAUGUCUCACAUCCUUAUUCAGGACUGCAUGACCAAACUCCAUGACAAGGAUGUGCAUGCCGCAUCACGCAGGAGAUAUUUUAUAUUAUUAAUGAGGUAACAGUUGGUUACAUGAUUUGAGAAAGAGCAAGCAAAGUAAUGGAAUUCAGCUCCAGUAAAGUGAAGGGACAAAAAUAUGAGCCUUUUCUCCUUUUUAUCUCCUUUCAACAGUCUAACAUUUGAGGUGUUUUGCUAUUCAUAUUUUUUUAUUACAUUUUUUAAAUUUCUGGAUAAAUAUUUAUUUAAGUGCAGUAACAGGGGAGAAAUUGUCUGGUAAAUUAAACUAAUUUUGUGUGCAGCUUCCAUAUUUUGGACAACUACCCCCAGUUUUAUAUUACAAAGAAUGAGAACUAUUAAGGAGUUAUACAUUCAUUUUUUUUCUUUUUAUGACGUAUCACAGUAAAAGUGAAAAAUGCUAAUGUACAGCCAAUAUUAAGCUAGAAUCACUUCACUGAUAACUUUGCAAAGAGGUUAUUUUUUCCUCGUCUAAUAUUGACUUUUUUCAUUUGUAGUGCCUUUUAUAUAAAAAUCUAGAAUAUCUAUUAUAUCUUACUGAGCCUGAUCACCACACAGCAUUUUCAAAAAAUAGUAUAGCCUAAUCAAUCAGCCUAAGGUCUAAUCAAGUACUUGUUUUUAAAAUCAUUUGUCAGUUUAGCAUUUGACAGAAACUUGUUUCUUAAUGUAGGGUUUUCAGUCUCUGGUAUUUCACAAGAAAUAUUUUUUAAAGGGGUUAAAGUAAUGAAAACAAACACAUAACCCAUUCUUCUCUAUUUAGAAUCCUUCCCUAUAUAGUUCUGGAAAAUUUAAACUUGCCCUGCAGAACGUCAGAUCCCCAUUCUAAUGCUGAAAAGUGUUUGCUCAUAAAUAACUGAACUUUAAUUUGUUGCAUUUGAAAUACAGUUUUUAACACCACGUUGCAAAGCAGACAAUUGUUGUUAACCAAGAUUAUAUUUUGUUGAUAAAAACUGGAUUAAUAAGGUGUAAACAGGCUUCAGUGAAGAAUUACUGUGAGAAAAGCCUGAGCCGUUUUCACAUUUUUCACAUACUGUACACUAUAUUUUUGUAAAGUUAAAUACAGCUGUCAUAAGGUCAAAUACAUUUCUAUUAUAGCAAAAUGCCUUUACUGUUAGUACUGUCAAAACACAGACAGGUUUGUCAGUACUGUAUUUAAGAAUAACCACAACACCUCAUUGUAAGCCAGGUACUUCAGACACAUGAACUCAGUGUUGGCAACUCAGACAAUACUAAAACUGUCCAUAGCUGUUUUCUCUCUGAAGCUCCACAUGGUGCUUGACAUUAAAGGUAGUACUGCUAUAUUUUCAAGGGUUUUAAUUACAAAAUUAACACACUAAAAUGCAAUGGGUAACUUUAAAUUUUGGGAAAUAGACAAUAAAUUACAUUCUUAGUACAUACGUAUUACUGUAGUUAUAUACAUUGUCUUCAUUUUACUAUUACUCUAUAUAGAUGGUAUGUACGUACAAUGGAUGCCUCUUAGAUUCUAGAAUAUUUUACAGUAAAAAAACUGUUGUGUAAUUCAUCAUCAUCCUUCUAAAAGGGAUUUUACUGGUGCUUUUCAGCAAUGGUACUGUGAGACAAGCUCCAUAAAACACUGACUGCAGUUUUACAGUACAUAGCUUUUUUUUACCCACGUUCUGUACAAUGAUACCAAAAAUACUUAGCAAAUGUAAAGAUACAGUGAUUUUAAAACAAUUUGAAAAAUCCUAUCAAAACAGUUUGUUGGGACUGUAUAGUAUAUUUGUUUCAGUAUCAACACUACAAUAAAGUGUUAUUUUGUGUUAAAUGUGUAUUUGUGAAUUAAUCAUCUUUCUGCUAAAAAGAGUAAAACAAAUCAUCCAGCAUAUUUAUAUUAAAUAUUUUGUGUUUUCAUUUCAAAGAGCAGAUGACAUGUUUAUACAGGGAAAACCUUUAAUUCAAAAUGGAGUGAAAAUGAAUUUGAAUGUCCAACCAUGUAUCUUUUCUAUGUCCCACAUGCAACUGAGGUUGGAUAUUUCAAGCCAUAUUUGGCUGGCAAAUGAACUUCUUGUGCCUUUAAUUCAUUUUCACUACAUUUUCAAUUAAAGAUUUUCCCUGCAUAAACAUGUCA